GCCGAUUAGCAGGCGCCAUGGCGGUCCUCCUGGAGACAACUUUGGGCGACGUGGUCAUCGAUCUGUACACGGAGGAGCGGCCGCGCGCCUGCUUGAAUUUCCUGAAGUUGUGCAAAAUAAAAUAUUACAAUUAUUGCCUUAUUCACAAUGUACAGAGGGAUUUUAUUAUACAAACUGGUGAUCCUACGGGAACUGGCCGUGGAGGAGAAUCUGUUUUUGGUCAGCUCUAUGGUGAUCAAGCAAGUUUUUUUGAUGCAGAAAAAGUGCCAAGAAUUAAGCACAAGAAGAGAGGCACUGUGUCCAUGGUGAACAAUGGCAGUGACCAGCACGGAUCUCAGUUUCUUAUAACUACAGGAGACAAUCUAGAUUACCUUGAUGGUGUACAUACAGUGUUUGGUGAGGUAACAGAAGGCAUGGACAUAAUUAAGAAAAUUAAUGAGACCUUUGUUGACAAGGACUUUGUACCUUAUCAAGAUAUCAGGAUAAAUCAUACAGUGAUUUUAGAUGAUCCAUUUGAUGACCCUCCUGAUUUAUUAAUUCCUGAUCGAUCACCAGAACCAACAAAGGAGCAACUAGAUAGUGGUCGAAUAGGAGCAGAUGAAGAAAUUGAUGAUUUCAAAGGAAGGUCAGCUGAAGAAGUAGAAGAAAUAAAAGCAGAAAAAGAGGCUAAAACACAAGCUAUUCUAUUAGAAAUGGUGGGCGACCUACCCGAUGCAGACAUUAAACCUCCAGAAAAUGUGUUGUUUGUGUGUAAAUUGAAUCCAGUCACCACAGAUGAGGAUCUGGAGAUCAUCUUCUCAAGAUUUGGGCCGAUCAGAAGUUGUGAAGUUAUCCGGGACUGGAAGACAGGAGAAUCUCUCUGUUAUGCCUUCAUUGAAUUUGAAAAGGAAGAAGAUUGUGAAAAAGCCUUUUUCAAAAUGGACAAUGUACUUAUAGAUGACAGAAGAAUACAUGUGGACUUCAGCCAGUCUGUUGCGAAGGUUAAAUGGAAAGGAAAAGGUGGGAAGUACACCAAGAGCGAUUUCAAGGAGUAUGAAAAGGAACAGAAUAAACCACCUAGUUUGGUUCUGAAAGAUAAAGUAAAGCCCAAACAGGAUGCAAAGUAUGAGCUUGUAUUGGAUGAUCAGGCAGAAGACUCAAAAUCGAGUCACUCUCACACAAGUAAAAAACACAAAAAGAAAACCCGUCACUGCUCUGAAGAAAAAGAAGAUGAGGACUACAUGCCCAUCAAAAACCCGAAUCAGGAUAUCUACAGGGAAAUGGGGUUUGGACACUAUGAAGAAGAAGAAAGUUGUUGGGAGAAACAAAAGAGUGAAAAGAGAGAACGGCCACAAACCCGAAGUCGUAGCCGAUCUCGAGAAAGGGAUGGUCACUAUAGUAACAGUCACAAAUCCAAACACCACUCAAAGCCCUCUGAAAGAGAAAGGAGUGAGAAACCAGACCGCAGCAGGAGUCCAAAGAAGUCCAAAGAUAAAGAGAAAUCUAAGUACAGAUGAAAGAUGAAGAUUCAGAAAUGAGUGACUAAC